AUGGAUUAAGAUGUCUUUAAUUUCUUAACUCUAGAAUCUAUAUUCAAUAGGAUGAUGCUUCUAAUAGUAAAUGAUUAACAUUUUAAUAAGAUUAGUAACUAGUUCUAUUUGAUAAAAAUCUAUUUCUAGAUACAUAAUCAUCACAAAUUUUAUAUCAAGAGUAAGAUUGCUUUUAUCUACUUGUUGCUUAAUAAAAGAAUUUAGAAAUCAAUAAAAUAUAGACACACCAGCAUUCCUAUUCAAUUAGAACAGAAUUAAAAAAUUUAGAUAAUCUAAUGAAUAUUUGAAGUCUACUACAUAUGCUUUAGAAAGAUUUGGUCCUAAUUUAAGCUUAAAAUAUCAUAAAUAAAGAAAUAUGACUGAAUGGAUGUCUUAAAAAUAUAUAUGUUCUCUUUAUCAUUUUUCCUGUAUUAUAAUAACCAAAAUUUAAAGAACUUAAAAAUAAAUAAUCAAAAGAAUUUUUAUAUUACUUUCUAUUUUGAUAGAAAGCCAAGAAUAGUGUAAUUAUUAUCUGAGAAUAAAAUAUAAUAAUAAUUGAUGGAUUUAUUUCUAUUCUAUAUAUAAAACCUCAAUGAAUGAGAUAGAAAAUUAGUAUAAUCAAAUUUAAUAGCUUUUAGCUUAAUUAAAAGAAAAAAAGGUGUUCAAGUUAUCAUUUUUUCAAUUCAGAAAUGUUAGAAUUAGUCAUUUCAGAUAAAAUAUUUUUAGAAACAAUUUUAAAUAAGGCUUGA